AUGAGGAAUAACGAAAAAUAUAAUAUAUUUUCCAUGUAUAAUGCUGAUGAGAAUCAAAAGGGAAAAGUACAUUAUAUCUCAUUUAAAUAUCUGUGUUUGUGUUUAUACAUAAUUGGAUUUUAUUGUUUGCUUCUAUGUAAAUCAUUAGGAAACUGCAGCUUUGGAAUUGCUAAUAUUAGCAAUGUAUAUGAACGCAAUUUAAGUGAGGUAGAAGAAUAUAAUUAUUGGCCACAAAGGAAAAGUUAUUUAAAAUAUAAAAAGGAAGAUGUAAAUAAAAUAAAAAGUAAUUUAAAUAAGAGAAAAUAUAAUGAACAAAUCAUAGAGAAAUAUGAAAACAUUAUUAAUAAGAAUCUUUGUAAUAUUCAUAUGGAAUAUAAAAAUAGUAGUUAUAAAAAAAAUAUGGAUUAUAAAAACAUGUCAAAGAAUUUAACAGAAAAGGAAUUGCGUGAUGGUUUAAAUUCAUUAGAAGGUUGUCCAUCAAAAGAAGAUCUUAGAAUUAUAUGGGCUCAUAUACUUGGUGUUGUAAAGGGAGGAUUGGAUGAUGUAUUGAAUAUGUUAAAGGGAUCAAUACAAAAAUAUUUAGAUAAUGAUAUUUAUGUUGGUAAGUAUGAUCGUGGUAAAAAUAUAUAUUUAUAUGAGCGUAUGUGGGAUGAAUGUUAUUCGAGAUUUUAUGAAACAAUAGUAACUGAAGAGCUAAAAUACAGUAAAAAAUUUUUCAGUUUAAUUAAUGGUAAAAAUACACUUGAUGACAUAUUAAAUUUUAUUUAUUCGUUCCUAGAAUAUAUUGAAAUAUUAAAAAAUGAAUUACAUGGAAAAUAUCAAAAAGAACUCUCAGAAAAAAUUUCAAAAAUCUCGAAUAAAAAAAAAUAA